UACAGCGGCAAAACAUCCCCUCAUCGCCACCGGCUACGGAAACUCCCACAAUGCACAGCGAACCAGCCCGCCCCCUCCCCCGGGCGCUUCCUGCUGUGGGCGGGGCGGCGGCUGUCGCCGUGGCAGCGGAAGGCCGCUCGGGAGGGGCGGGGAUGCCGGCGCGAGCGGGCAGUACACAUAAUACAACUGCUCCCCUGGAGUCCUUUCCAUACAGGGAAGCAGUCUGUCUCUGAGCCUUAGGUGCUGAAGACCUACUACAGAGGACGGGAGUCUGCCUUUGUGCCCUGCUUGUGGACUUUCCUGGAGGCAUCUGAGUGGUCGUUAUGGAAAACGAUGAUGCUGGGCCAGCUGGACCUUUUGGUCAGAUCUGCAUAAAAAAAUAUUUAUUGUAUUCUUCUUUGCCCAAUGCAAUCUAUCCCUGAAAAUUAGGGGUCGAGGGACAAAUAACCAGAGGAGAGCCACUGCCUUCCUGGCUAGUGGGUGUUGUUGAAAACAGGACUGGGUUUUUAGUCCUAUGGUGUAAUCCUGCAAAUCCUAUUCGUAACUGGCCACACUGAAUGCAAGACCAGGUGGAUCUUUGGUCCAGUCUGGCAUGGAAGUAGUUUCUUUCUUAGAAAGCAUUUAGAUCAUUCUGUUUCUGUUGAACCUAUUAACAGUCAUAAACUUAGAAUAAAACUUCCAUGUGCAGAGGGGACACACGUCUCAGCAUUGUGUGUAUGCAGGAACACUGUUUCUUUAAAAGCCCUGUAUGCAUUUUUAUGCAUUCCCUGCAAAUAGUAAUUAAACCUCCAUACUAGAUUUACUAGCAUAUUAUACUAGUUAACUUGGCUCCACAUUUUCCCCUCUGCAAUGAGGGGGAAAAGUGGAGCCAAAUUAACUAGUGUAAUAUGCUACCAUAUAAUGAAAACUCAGUGUUAAAUUUUACUCAUACUAAUUGAUUAAAAUGAACCUAGGACAUUGUAUAUCUGAUGAAAUACACCAUCUUUUGCUACAAUGCAUUUCUUAGGGUAGCACUGGUCUCUUUACUGUUUUCAUUCUGCAUCCAUUACGACGUUUUAUCCCAUCCUUCCUCCAAGGCGUUCAGGGCAGGAUACAGCCACCCCAGCUUCCCAUCAACCCUGUUAGGUAGGUUAGGCUGAGAGACAGUGAGUGGUCCAAGGUCACCCCAUCAGCAUCAUAGCUGAAGCAAGAAUUUGAACCCAGGUUUUGCCUAGUCUUUACCAGUACAUGACACUGGUUCAGUUAUGCUUAACAGCCAGCAUGCAGUAGUUGAUCCAGCACUGGAGAAACCAAAUUCAAAUUCCCGUUCAACCAAGCAUGGCUUUCAGCCAUUUAUUCUCUCAGCUUAACCUGCCCCACAGAGUUGUCAUGAAGGCAAAAUGCUGAGGGGGAGCCAUAUAAAGCCAUCAUGAACUCCUUGAAGAACACAUAGCAUUAAAAUGUUUUUUAAAAUCCCUCUUAUUAUGCAUACUACCAACUGAACUGGAUUGGUUUUUUUCAUGGAGCAGCAGUGCAGGGCUCCGUCUACCUUGUCUCCAUUUUGCCCUGCCCUGUAUAUGAAUUGUCAUUUUUUAUUUCUAGUUCUUUUGCACAGGCAUCUGAAAAUACUCCACUAUGGCUAAAGGCAUUCUGGGAGAAGCUGGUCUCCAUUUUGAUGAGCUGAAUAAACUGAGGGUUUUGGACCCAGAGGUGUCUCAGCAAACAGUCGAACUGAAAGACGAAUGCAAAGCCUUUGUGGACAAAAUAGCAGAAUUUAAAAAAAAUGUGAGCAACUUCAUUGAACUGGUCGAUCAGCAAGCAAAAGCAGCUGAGAACGAGAAGAUUAAGGCAAUAGGGGCCCGAAACUUGCUGAAAUCAAUCACCAAGCAGAGAGAGGCGCAGCAGCAGCAGCUUCAGGCACUGAUAGCCGAGAAGAUGACCCAGCUAGAAAGGUAUCGUGUGGAAUAUGAAACGCUUUGCAAAACAGAAGUGGACCAGAAUGAAUUCAUCGACCAGUUCAUAUUCCAGAAAUAAAAAGGAAUCUCAAACCAGCAGCAAUAGACUGAGAAAACUUGAACCAUUCCAACCAUCUGUUUCCAAAAUGAGCAAUUUUGCAAUGUUCGUAAAAUGACCUUAUGGUCACAGCUAGAAAGACUGACAAAUGUUAGAGCUUCACUAUCAAGUUAUUUCCGUAGAGACAGGAAGCAGUAUUUUAUUUUUAAAGAAGAUGUUUGAUGGUCAGAAUUCAAACCAUGUUUGGAUAGAGCCUGUUAUUGCUGCAGUUAAUGCUGCUCCCUAAUGUUGCGUGGGGGGAGGGGUUUCUUGGAAGUGCAACAUAAUUCAGUUAAAUAAAGAAAUAAAUUAUUGUUUUAGAAA